GGUUCGCAGGGGUCACCGCGCCCGGGAUUUGGACCCCGCCGGGGCAGAACCCAGCGCCUGCCGCAGGCGCCAGCGAUGGAGGCUGUCGCCAGCCGUUCCCGCUGCCCUGCCUGCUGGCUGCCCUGGCUGCUGCUCCUCGCCCUGCACGGCUGGCAAGGGGCCGGGGCCCAGGAGUUCCAGCUGCUGCAGCCCCAGGGCGCCGAGUCGGUGUCAGCGGGAGAGACUCUCACUCUGAACUGCUCUGUGACUGGGAAGGUUCCAGUAGGACCCGUGAAGUGGUUCAAGGACUCGGGCAGUGGCCGCCAGCUCGUUUAUGAAGAUAAGGGAUCAUUCCCCCGGGUGACGCGGGCUGUGAGUGGCUCUGACACAGACUUCACCAUCCGCAUCAGUGACCCCCGCCCCGAGGACGCCGGGAUCUAUCGCUGUGUGAAGUUUAAGACGGGGUUGGGAGGCGAAGAGGAGAUCAGAUCCGGUGCUGGCACGGCCGUGACUGUGAGCGCCAGACCGUCGGCCCCAUCCGUGUCCGGCCCCCCCAGCAGAGCAGAGCCGGGUCCCCCAGUGACUUUCACCUGCACGUCAGGAGGAUUCUCCCCCAGAGACAUCACUGUGACCUGGCUCAAAAAUGGGGCCAAACUUCCAGCCCCCCAGCCCCGGGUUCUCCCUGCACACGAGAGCGUCUCCUACAGCAUGUCCAGCACCGUGGGGGUGAGCCUGACCGCAGGAGACGCCCGCUCCCAGCUCACCUGUCAGAUAGAGCACAGCACCUUACCGGCUCCCCUGCGUGCGACUUACAACCUCAGCGAUGCCCUGCGAGUUCCCCCCAGGCUGCGAGUGGGCACUGACCCAGCGGCACCCGUCGCACUGAACGAGUCUGUGACGUUCACCUGCCGCGCGGAGGGGUUUUACCCGAAGGACGCGAGUCUCACCUGGCUAGAGAAUGGAAAUGAGACGAAUCUGGGAAAACCCUCCCCCCUGGCUGAGAAUCCAGACGGGACAUACACGCUCCAGAGCUCCCUGGAGGUCAACGCAACUGAGCAGAGGAAUCAGUCCGUGUUCACCUGUCGGGUUGUGCACGAUUCCCAGCCCCCCGUCAGUGCCAACGCGACGCUGAGACUCUCCCAGCCAUCUCCUGAGCCAGGCAAAGGUCCCACUUCACCUACUCCAGGUAAUUACUUAUCUGAAGAUGAAAAGAUCUACAUAGCAGUAGCAGUGGUUUGUGCAGUGCUGGUUGUAUUGGUAAUCGCCGUCAUCUAUCUCAUCAGAGUACGACAGCGCAAAGGAAAAAGCUCCCCUUCUGUAAGGCUACACGAGCCCGAGAAGAGCUCCAGCACAGCUCCCCAGGAUUCUGAUCCCAACAACCUGACCUACGCAGACCUGAACUUCGACAAGCAGAAGAAGAAGAGCACGCGCCGGUUCGUGGAGAUGAGCCCGCAGUCGGAGUACGCCUGCAUCCAGACCGGCCAGCCGGCAGCCACUGAAGACAAUCUCACCUACGCUGACCUGGACAUGGUCCACCUCAACAAGGCACCCAAGAGACCUGCCCCCCGGCCCGAGGAAGCCAUCUCAGAGUACGCCAGCGUCCAAAUCCAAAGGAAAUGAUCAGGGCUAAAAGCAGUCCGGGGCUCACUGGGUUUUCGGUGAAGUCUGGCAGGCCCCUAGCUGGACGUGGAGCCCUGGUCCUCCAGCACUGGCUCUCAAUGGAGGCACCAGGAGCACAGUGGAAGUGUGUGCCAAACUAUGGUCGCUGCAUUUCCGGGGCUGGAAUGCUUCACACUGCGUGCGGCAGCCUCCCCAUGCCACUGUGUCCUCACUUGAGUGAAUACCAACUUCCACACCCGGCCCGGAGAGGCCCAGACUGAACUCAGACCCUCACACAGUGCAGCUUUAUUUCUGGACCAGUAUCUCUGCUAUUCCCCCCCCCCC